GGAUGACCUCUCAUAGUGUUUGCAUCCGGGUUUGAACUUCCUUUUCCUCUGUGCCUGCUGCGAUGAGGACAUAGGCUUUUUCAGGACCGCUGAAAAAUCCAAUCCCAUCCUUGUAAAAGGCGCCACCAAACAUCGCAAAAAUGACCGAGCAGAUGACAGUAAGGGGGACCCUAAAGGGGCACAGUGGAACGGUCACCCAGAUCGCUACUACGCCCCAGUAUCCCGACAUGAUUCUGUCGGCGUCCCGAGGUGAGGCUUCCCCGCCGGCUCCGCCAACAUGGCUACAUUAGCGCUUGUCAGCUCGGUGGUUGCCACUGUAAUGAAAGACAGACUACCACGCUGGUGAUAGCAAUAUAGAUUUCUAUACCGUCACAAGUGCAUUUAUAGUGUUUUAGGAGUUGUAUUACGACCACAGAUAUUAGAGGAAGACGUUAAACGGCAACGCAGCUAACUGUACGUGGAUGCUAGCAGUUUACUUUCAGAUACCCACGUUUAUGUGUAACCCUGAGUAGUAUGCUCGAGUAUAACCACUGUUGCUGCUUAAUAUGUAAAUGUAGACACAUGCAAACUGUUUCCCCGUGGCUCAAGUAGACCCAGUGACAGUUCCCCAUACAAGGGAUAUCAAGUUGGUGCUAUCUGCUUCACCCUGAAUGAAACAUGGACUGGACAAUAAAAACUAGAUCAUAUGUUUGUGUUUCAGACAAGACUAUCAUCAUGUGGAAGCUGACCCGUGAUGAAACCAACUAUGGCAUCCCUCAGCGCUCUCUGCUGGGCCACUCUCACUUUGUCAGUGAUGUUGUCAUCUCCUCAGAUGGACAGUUUGCUCUGUCAGGUUCCUGGGACAAAUCCCUCCGUCUGUGGGACCUUACCAGGUAAGUGCAGGUGUUGAAGUAACAUGUGGAGGAGAGGUUGAUCAGGUUGAUGUAUUGGUACGUGAGAGUGAUACAGGUGUGUUUUAUUCUAGCAGGUGGAAUGUGUAAAAACCACAAUCUAAAUGGAUGUUAAGCGUUUCCCUUAAACACUGAACUUUGAACCUUUGGUGUAUAGCAUAGGCAUUAUGAGAGGUGUACUUGCCCGAUGGACCAUUUUGCCCAGCAAAGACUAUAUGUUCUAGUGAAAGUUGACAGUACAGUCACUUUCAAUGUAGAUGUCAAAAAACUCCCAGCUGUUAAAAUUUGAUGUGCAUGCAGUGGAGCACAGGUUUCCAUCUGUUGUCUCUAACUACACUAUGAGGUCACUGCUGGGCUUGUUAAUAGCUGGGAAUUAAUAGUCUGGAUGGAAUAUAUCUGCAGUGCCAGUGUCAAGCUCAUUGGCUUACGUAUCAAUAAACACAUUGAAUUAUCACUUUGCAUUUUUGCCAAUCCCUGCCUCAUCAAUCGCUCUGGCAAUGUUGAAAAUAAUCAAGCAUUGAUAGUGAGUUUGUUUUGUACUAUGUAGUAUCUUUUUAUUCUCAAAUAUCUUUUACCACUGGUUGGUAAAAAAGUAGGGCAUCGUAAUGGCUUUCUGAGUCAGUGAAAGAAACUGAAUGACCAAACUGCACUUUUAUUUCUACUAAGUUAUGAUCUAGCUCCUGCUGUCAUUCUUCUUGUCAGGCAUCGUCAUGCUGAGUUUUAGGUGGCCAACUGGUGCCUGCAGUGAAAAGGGAAUUCCAUGGGAUAGAUACAUUUCAUAUGCGAAACAGAGUACAUUUUAAAGCUCUGGUUAAGGGUGUAUAUUUUGUUGCCAAAGCAUUUGACGUUUGCAUUUGUAUUGAUUUUACAAAUGACCAAUGUUUUUUUCACUUUAAAAUCCAACUUUUUGCCCAUCUUUGAUGUUUUGUGUCACUUCUUCCCAGUGGCAACACCACCAGGAGAUUUGAAGGACAUCAGAAGGACGUCUUGAGUGUGGCCUUUUCCGCUGAUAACCGCCAGAUUGUGUCUGGCUCCAGGGACAAGACCAUCAAGCUGUGGAACACUCUGGGAGUCUGCAAGUACACCAUCCAGGUGAGCUUCGCCCCACAAAGUAAUCAGUGAGAUCUGGUUCAGUUUGAUUUCUAUGCCUCAUAGUAUAAUGUUGAGGCUUUAGCAAAUAAAAAGGUAAAUUGUUAAACUUGACCUAGAUACAGUUCAAUUUGAGGUCAACAGAAAACAUGCUGCACACAGAGCGAUCAGUGUACACUCUAUAUCAACAGUGAUGCCUGUCUUGGCUCUUUCUCUGCGCAGACAUAAUUCCAGAUCGUAAUAUGUUCCCAGUAAUAUGAUGUGUUUUUCUGUGUUUGUGAGAAGGAGGGAAAUUAGUCAAUGAUGGUCGGGAUGACAUCUGACCAUUCUGAUUAAAAAAAGAAAAAAAAAAGCAAGUCCCUGCUGUUGGAUAAACAGAAAAUGUUCUGAAAUUGCAGGAUGAGGGCCACACAGAGUGGGUUUCCAAUGUGCGCUUCUCCCCCAAUAGCAGCAACCCCAUCAUCGUUUCCUGUGGCUGGGAUAAGAUGGUCAAGGUAUGGAUCUGUUUCUACAUCAAGUGUUCACAACGGAUGUGUGGCUAGUUCAUAACUGUAGCAUCUUAACCCCAGUGAUUAUACCCAUUCACUUUUAACUCUGAUGUCCACUGGUGACAGUCCUGCAAAUAUGAGGGGCACUAGAGAUGUACUUAACAAUAGUUUAAGUUAAGGAUGGGCUAAGCAAUAUCGGUAAUUGAUCUUUUUUUUUUUUAAUCCCAACAGACCCUUUUUUUUCUGUUUUGUAGCUGUUGGGCCCAAAUUAAAAUCUGUGGCAUUUACCCCGGGGUCCUCCACCUUGUUGCUAUGAGUUUAAAAAAAAGCCGAAAUGUUUUAUAUUUUACUUCACAAAUAAGCAUGUUUGACUUGACUCCUGCUACUGUACGUAAUAUGUAAAGGAAUGCCCCCUGACUGGGUUCACUGAAACUAAUCCUCCCAUCCUUCACUCCUAGGUUUGGAACCUUGCUAACUGCAAGCUGAAGACCAACCAUAUUGGCCACACUGGCUACUUGAACACAGUGACGGUCUCCCCUGAUGGCUCUCUGUGUGCAUCUGGUGGAAAGGUAUAAAGAUUUAUGCUGUAGUCUGCUACCUAACUUGUUUUUUUUUUUUUGUUUUUUUUUUUCCAUUCUAUGUUGGAAAUGCAGGCUGUGAUGUAACUUUAAAAGUACCUGUUUUACAGUGAUGAUAAAAGAGGCUGUUUCUGAGUGAUGCCUGUGCUUACAUAGGUCAUGGUUUACAAUGGUUUGUAACGUAUUUAGAAUAAACCACGAAUAUGGUUACUGAUACAGUUUUUAAAAUGUUGUCCAGGAUGGUCAGGCCAUGCUGUGGGACCUGAAUGAGGGCAAGCACCUCUACACCCUGGACAGCGGUGACAUCAUCAAUGCUCUCUGCUUCAGCCCCAACCGUUACUGGCUGUGUGCUGCUACUGGCCCCAGUAUCAAGAUUUGGGUAAGUCAUGUUUCUAGAUGAUGAGCAUAUGUUGUAAAAUAGCUCCAAUUCCAAGGGCGGUGAUGAAACUUAAAAUGCCAACUGUAUUUUUUUGAUGAUAAAGAGGCUGUUUCUGAGCUCCAACGUGGAUCAGUCACAUAGUUGUUAUCUAUUGCCACUGUAUUAACUGGUUUUAUGGAAGUGUACACCUACACUGUGACUGAUUAUCAUUUUUUUGUCUGUUUGUGUAGGAUCUGGAAGGCAAGAUCAUUGUGGAUGAGCUGAGACAGGAAGUGAUCAGCACCAGCAGCAAGGCUGAACCUCCACAGUGCACUUGCCUGGCAUGGUCUGCUGAUGGACAGGUACGUUGGACUCAGUCGUCAUUGAACAAGAAGUGUUCACAACGGAUGUGUGGCUAGUUCAUAACUGUAGCAUCUUAACCCCAGUGAUUAUACCCAUUCACUUUUAACUCUGAUGUCCACUGGUGACAGUCCUGCAAAUAUGAGGGGCACUAGAGAUGUACUUACAAAUAGUUUAAGUUAAGGAUGGGCUAAGCAAUAUCAGUAAUUUAUCUUUUUUUUAACCCCAACAGACCCUGUUUGCUGGCUACAAUGACAACCUGAUCAGAGUGUGGCAAGUCACCAUUGGAACUCGAUAAGAACGUAUCAUUGAAGCAACUUUGAAUAAAAGACAGUUUGAAAAGAUCCCUUGUCUUUGUUGUCAACAUUUCUGAUGUGAAUAAUUUCAUUUCUGAUGUGUGGGUUGGUUGUGGGUUGUAAAAUAGUGGUUUGACAGUCUAAAAGAUAAGGUGAAAGGAGGACUGAAGUAAAAAGUCUAUUGCA